AUGGCCAAUGAUUCUGUGGAGCACAGGCUGGACAAGCCCCUGCUGGAUCUCACCGAAGCACAGCCAAAUGAUGCAGUCCUCGAGUUCCUGGGCUUGAGGGAAUGCGAUGCUGACAGAGUCCUGCAAAUCUUCUCACGGUACCUGAAGAGCGAGUGCAGGGAGAGGCGUCUCCUGGCAUUCAAGGCCCUCCUCAGGCUCACUGACAAUCCCUUGAUGGCUUCUCAGGAAACGCUACAUUGUUUGCUCAAGUUCCUGAAGAGGAAAGAUCUAGAAAAACUGGUGACGAAGGAGAAACUCUGGAUUUUCGCCAACUGCCUAGUAAGGACAGCCUGGAAGCCCCAGCCUCUGCCUGGAGAAGGCCCCCGAGGGCGGUGCUCAGAGUAUGGGGCUGGCAGCUGCUCCUGUGGGCCUGAGCCGGGCUCCGAUGGAGCCCUGGCCCAGCGGAGCCGUGGGGCGGGCUGGCACCGCGGCUCCCCGGGCAGCAGCCGGCCCUCUGCACCCUCCAGAGCCCGGCACCAGCAGCUGCUGGCCGCGCCUCAGGGCUGUGCAGGAAGGGGAGGCUGGGGCUGGGCACAGGCAGCGCCUGGCCAAGGGGCUGAGCCCACGCUAACCCUUCCCUCCUGCUGCUCUCUCCAGCUGGCAGACGACGAGGGCAGAGCGGCCGAGCACCUGCGCCGGGCCCUGCCCUACCUGCAGAGCCCACAGGAGUCCUUGCGAGUGGCGGCCAUCAGGUUCAUUGGGAUGGCCGGGCGGAGCUUGACGGGGAAGUAUCAAGAGCUGAAGCUUAUCUACAGUGCCCUGGAAGUAAUGGCAAAUGACAUCAGCCCCUCUGUCAGCAGCCUGUCAAUUCAAACUUGGCAUAUCCUCAGGGCAUUAGACAGACCUCGAUAUUCCACCUUCAGGAAUCUGCAUGGUGAGCUCCGUGGGCCAUGGAGGACAAGGCUUCGUCUGCUGGGGCUCAGCUGCCUGCGCUGCUGGAGAUCUGCACAGAGAUGAGCCCAGAGGCUCUGUCUGCUGGGGCCACCUGAGCCAGCAGAGAUUUUCAGUUUGUUCAAGACUGUUCUUUUCUUCUUUUUGUUUUUCUUUAGUAUAUAAAUAUAGGAUGUGUUAUAAUAGACAGA